AUGGAACAAAUGUCAAAAUCACAAAAGGCAGAAUUAAUAAUGCCUGUUGCAAGAGUGAAAGCCAUGCUGAAGGUUGGAAAGUUUGGUAACCGAGUCAGCGACAAAGCUGCCGUUUUUAUGACCGCCACUCUUGAAUACUUGAUAACAGAAAUACUGGAACUAUCGAUAAAUUGCGCUCGAUCGGAUGGUGUAAAAAGGAUUCAGCCUCGUCACGUGAACAUCGCUUUAAAAACUGAUCCAGAGUACUCUGCCAUUUUCAAUCACGCAGGAAUUAAAGGUUCUACCAUGAUUCCAAAGCAAAUUAAUAGUCGGUCCUACACUUCUUCAAAUGGACAGAUGGACUUAGCCGCAAACCCGGAUUUAGAACCUGGACCUUCACGAGAAAGUAACUGA